AUGCCGCCCCGCAAGGACCCGCUCCGUUACACCUGCAUUGCCUUCGCCGAGGGGGCCUUCCUGUGUCGGGUCGGGUCGGGUCGGGUCGGGUCGGGUCGGGUUGGGUCAGGUCGGGUCGCGGACGCGGCCACCCCUGAGGCUCUACUGUUUCUUCCUGACCUCCCCAAACAACCAUGUCAUCAGAGUCCAGCCAGGGGCAGAAAGCGCAAAGUGAUUCCAAGUGAGGAGGCUCCAGCAGAAGGGAAGCGGAAGCGGAAGCGUUCUGACCCUGAGCAGGAAGGCAAAUACUACAGUGAGGAGGCUGAGGUGGAACUGCGGGACCCUGGAAGAGACUAUGAGCUGUACACGUACACGUGCCAGGAGUUGCAGCGACUCAUGGCCGAGAUCCAGGACCUGAAGAGCAGGGGAGGCAAGGAUGCGGCCGUUGAGAUUGAAGGGCGCAGGAUCCAGAGCUGUGUACAUUUCAUGACUCUAAAGAAGCUUAACCGAUUAGCCCACAUCAGGUUGAAGAAAGGACGAGAUCAGACCCAUGAGGCCAAGCAGAAAGUAGACGCGUCUCACCUGCAGCUCCAGAACCUUUUGCAUGAGGUGAUGCACCUGCAGAAGGAGAUCACUGAAGGUCCGGAGUUCAAGUCAAAGCAUGAAGAAAUUGAUCUGGUCAGUGUAGAGGAGUUUUAUCAAGAGGCUCCUCCAGAUAUCAGCAAGGCUGAGAUCACCAUGGGAGACCCUCACCAGCAAACCCUUGCACGUCUGCAUUGGGAGCUGGAGCAGCGGAAACGGUUGGCGGAGAAGUACCGAGAGUCCCUCUCCAACAAGGAGAAGAUCCUUCAGGAGAUUGAAGUGAAGAAGGAAUACCUGCGCAGCCUCCAGCUUUGCCUGAACAGCAUCAUGCAGGCUUCCCUCCCGGUGCAAGAGUACCUGUCCAUGCCUUUCCACCAGGCUGCCAGCGUGCAGUCCCGCCUGGCCCUCCACAAACAGUUCGCAUCCCUGGACUACGGCAUUGUACCAGUUACUAGCGAUUGCCACUACCUCUUCUCUGCAAAGUUUGUCUCUCGCCUGGUGAAGUGGGUGACGAUUGCCCAUGAGGAUUACGUGGAGCUGCAUUUCACCAAAGACAUUGUGGAGGCAGGACUGGCUGUGCACACCAAUCUCUACUACAUGGCACUCGUGGAAUGGGGCACAGCCAAACUCCAGGCAAUUGUGGUUCUGAACCCCGGCUACUCCUCCAUCCCACUCAUUUUCCAGCUCUGUCUGAACUGGAAAGUGGAGAAAACCAACAGCAAUGAUGACAAUAUUCGGGCCAUGGAGAGCGAGGUCAACGUGUGCUACAAGGAGCUGUGUGGGCCCCGGCCUGGCCAUCAGCUCUUGACCAACCAGCUGCAGCGCCUGUGCAUGCUAUUGGACGUCUACCUGGAGACCGAGAUCCACGAUGACAGCAUGGAGGGGCCCAAGAAGUUUCCCCAGGAGAAUAUGUGUCUGUGGCUUUUCAGGGGUCCCAGCAGGAUGAAGCCGUUUAAAUAUAACCAUCCUCAAGGAUUCUUCAGCCAUCGCUGACCUGCUCGGCCUGUUGUUUCCCCUGGGCCCUCAGUAGGGUGCCUCUGCUUUCUCUUCUCUUCCAAAUGUGGCUCC